UAAAGCGCAACAGGAAGCGCUACAGCAAGUGGUCUAACUUCACGGCUAGCCAAAAUCAGAAAACGUUAGUUUCUAUGUCAUGACUUUAGUUCCGAGAUGCGUUUUCGAACAUCAUAAUGCGGCGUUACAUACGUGCACUGCUGUUGUGCACGGUGUUCGCUGUGUUUUCGGGCUUGUAUGUUUACAGCAAGCUGUUUAACACGGACGUCUCGGCCGGAGGACACGGAGCGAGGAGGGCUUUCAUCCCACAGAGAGGCACCGGAGGCAGGCGGGGGUCCGCGGUCAGAGUCGGGCCCCAGAAACCGCACUGGUACAAUAGGUAUAUCAUGCGUCAAAGUGGGCGGGUAGAAGGUGCGGGGAGUGGUGUUCAGAGGAGACCCGAGCCCCCCAUGCACCUGGCCGUGGUGGCCUGCGGGGAGAGGCUGGAGGAGACCCUCACCAUGAUCAAAUCCGUGGUGCUUUUCAGCGUCAAGCGCCUCUACCUGCACGUCUUCGCUGAAGAUCAGCUCCACGCCAGCUUCGUGGGGACUCUGGAGUCGUGGCCCGAUUCGUUCCGCUCGAGGUUCAACUACACCGUGUACUCCAUCAGCUUCCCCAGCGAGAACGCCGGCGAGUGGAAGAAGCUCUUUAAACCUUGCGCCUCUCAGAGGCUCUUCCUACCCCUGAUCUUAAAGGACAUCGACUCGAUCGUGUAUGUCGACUCCGACAUCCUCUUCCUUCAGCCCGUAGAUGGCUUAUGGGACUUCCUGUCCCAGUUUAGUCCUUCCCAGCUGGCGGCCAUGUCCCCCGAACACGAGGAGCCCCGCAUCGCCUGGUACAGCCGCUUUGCAAGGCACCCUUUCUACGGCAGGACGGGUAUCAACUCUGGGGUCAUGCUUAUGAACAUGACAAGGAUGAGAAGCACCUUUUUUAAGAACGAUAUGACCCGAGUGGGACUGCGCUGGGAGGAGCUGCUGAUGCCUCUCCUUCAGAAAUACAAAUUGAAUAUAACCUGGGGAGACCAGGACCUUCUCAAUAUUAUUUUUCAUCAUAAUCCUGAGUUUCUGCUGGAGUUUCCAUGCAAGUGGAACUAUCGCCCUGAUCAUUGCAUAUACGGCAGUAACUGUGCCUCAGCUGAGGAGGACGGCAUCUACGUCUUGCACGGAAACAGAGGGGUUUACCACGACCACAAACAACCGGCUUUCAGAGCCGUUUACGAGGCAAUAAAAAAGUAUUCUUUUGGAUCGGACCCGGUCGCUUCUUUGUUGGAUCCUUUGACGGAGGAACUACUGAAGACGACUCACACCUACUGCGGCAAAUCCAAUGCGCUCUUUACCAAGAGACUAGCGCUCAGUCUGGAAAACAUAAACAGGAAAACUCCACAUGGACGAUGACGUCUACGGUAAAGUUGAGUUGUAAGGCGCUGACAGAACUCUCAAAUCACACAACUUUGUGAUAACAGGUGAUGAUGAUGCAGUGAAGCUUUGACAUUCUGUUGGAGAACAGCUCCAUGAAGCUCCGAAGGCCAGCCAGAGUAUGGCGAAAAACCAGUGAAACCACACAGUCCAGAUCAUAUGUUACAGAUGUAUAGUUAUCUAAUCCAGUAUUUGUUUUAGUGACAGUGUUGGAAAAAUUGACAUUUCAAAAGCAUUCUUUGAUGUAGCAAGCCUCUUCCGUGAAGGAAAUGGAAAUCUUCUUGAUGUACUUUUAGUUCUAAAUCUGAUUGAAAGUGUAAAAACUAAGAAGAAGAAGAAGAAGAAGAAGAAAGGCAUUGGAAUAUUGGAGAAUUUAUUGAACUUUUAUUAAAAGGAAGUUGUAACCACUGGAGAAGUGGAUAAAAGGUUUUGAUAUCAGUGUGCAAUGGACCACUUUUUUUUUCUUUCCUUUUUCUUUUUUAUAAUGUUCAGAAAUUACUUAAACUGGGAACCUCCUGACUCCAGGACUCAGAGUUGGUGUCAGAAGCCCAGAUAAAACUUAACUCCCGAUACCAGAUCCAGAAAAUUGUUCAAAUUCUUAGCUUAUUUUCAUGUACACAUCUGGCCAAACUGCACUGUAGGCCAUGCAGACUUUUUUGUUGCUUUAACUUGUCUGUGGUUUCCAGUGUUGACAAAAAGUAGCUUCAACUCGCAAUCCGACUCCGUCUUGAGCUGAUUUGCCCGCUAUGCUACGUAGACGGCUAUUCAAGUUGAAGAAAGAGCUAGGGACAGCGGCUGAAACACUAAUUCAAAUUUAUGAUACUCAAAGCUGUCAUUAUCAGAGUAAACAUGCAAGCAUUAGCCUCUCACUUCAAAAUUAAUUAGCAUUAAAAUGGACCAAAACAGGAAUUUAUUGAGGACUGCAGCUGUGGAGUCAGUUGCAUGUUUAAAAGAUAAACGGUUAAGCUACUCGCACUUCCAGUGACCCACUGUUAGAAUAUUACAGUAGCUUUCUUAAACUAAAUAAUCGAUGUUGGAGAUGCUUAAGACUGUCUUGUAAAAACUCUGCCUUGAGGAAAAUGGAUAAGAGAGACUUUAGUAUCUGGAACACCGUUUUACAAGUGAGUUAAGUGCUUCGCUGUUGGAAUAAUGUAAACCAGAUAAUACUGAUAAAACUGUUAUUUUACUGCUUAUAAAUUGAUUUUAAUUAUGUAUUGAAGUCUAGGGCUGGUAUCAGGGACAGAUGAUCCUGACGUGCCAAACUUAAAUACGAUGUUUCUUAAAGAAUGUCUUAGUAAAAGUGACUGUACGUUGAAAAUGUUUAAACAUUUAGCAGCUCUUUACUUGUUGGUGUCACAUUACCAAAUCAGAUGUUUAUAUACAUAUAUAUAAAUAUAUCUUUAUAUGCUGAAAAUGUGGGUAAAGUACCAAAAUGGAAAUUCUACCCCUUCAAAGUUUUCUUUUGCAAUGUGAUUUCUUUUUUACAGUUAAAAAAAAAUCAUAGCUCUUGUGUUAAUAAUGUGUUUUUUAAAUAAUGUGUUGAAUAGCAUUCAGGUGUAAAAAAAGAAGACUUGAAUGUGUGAACAACCCACUUCUGAUACCAAAGACUUGCGUCUGUAAUGAAAGUUUGUGCACCACUGAAUGUAUUUCAUGUUGUAAGGAGUUAAAUGUGUCUUAUUCAAUGUUGCUGAUUUUUGGGAUUUCAUUAAAGAACAUUU